GUUCCAGUGUGUACCUGGACAGGCACUGCAGCUGUGACAAGUCACAAGGGUUCUCCUCCUCUCUCCAUUUGGCCCUCGGUUCUCGAGUCCUCCACAGCGCCCGCGGCUCGCCUCCUCUUCCAACUUCUCAACUCGCGUCGCGCCCAGGGGUCGCCUGAGAUCACAUAGACAAUGGUGAAGGCUGUCGCUGUCCUCGCUGGCAGUGAUGUCAAGGGCACCAUCUUCUUUUCCCAAGAGGGAGAUGGUCCAACCACUGUGACCGGAAGUAUCUCUGGGCUCAAGCCAGGGCUCCAUGGGUUCCAUGUGCACGCGCUUGGUGACACCACCAAUGGCUGCAUGUCGACUGGUCCACACUUCAAUCCUGCUGGUAAGGAGCAUGGUGCACCGGAAGAUGAGAACCGCCAUGCCGGUGAUCUUGGGAAUGUGACAGCUGGAGAAGAUGGUGUUGCUAAUGUCAAUAUUACUGACUGCCAGAUUCCCCUCACUGGGCCACACUCAAUCAUUGGCCGAGCUGUAGUUGUCCAUGCUGAUCCUGAUGACCUUGGCAAGGGUGGACAUGAGCUUAGCAAGAGCACUGGAAAUGCUGGUGGCCGUGUUGCUUGUGGUAUCAUUGGGCUCCAGGGUUAGAUGCCGGCCCUGUUGGCGAACAUUCACAUCUCAGCACCUAUAAGACUUGCUGCUCUAUUUCCCUGGUAUUGGAUACAUAAUUGGCUACUCUUAAUAAGCGCCUGAUGAAUGGUCAGAGCACAGUUCCCAUCAUUUCGUGUAUGAACAUCGCACAGCUAUCAUUUGGUUUUUAGUGCAAAAUGGCUGUUUUGGCAAACGUUUUCUGGACUUU